GUUUAAAUACGGAAUAGUAACUCAAGUACUAAAUUUGGAGCAUGAAAAAAACCUAAAAAAAAAAACCUUACUGGCGGAUGCGCAUGCGUCGCCAUUUUGGGAACUGUUUUCGGUUAGCAAGACGACGAGAUUAUUGCCGCGUUUGUGGCAAAAUGUGUCCUCAUAUUGAGCUUUUCAUCAUUUCUAAGUACAUUCGUCUCGAUGCACUUUGACGCGUCCCAGCUUAGUUUGCUCGCUGCUCACCAGGAGACGCGAUCAACACGUCACACAAAUGUUGUGAUUCUUUGAAAAUGUGCGACAGAACGACUGCAAAGUACGAGGAGGAACUUUCUAGAACAAAAGAGGAGAAGGAGCGACAACGUCAACUACUGGACGCUCUUUUCAACAACCAUCAAGCUGUGACGUCACUCAGAACAGAUGUCCUCAGUCCUCAGCAGCAGGAGCGGACCUCCAUGGUGAAGCAGGAGGAGCCACAGCCCCACCACAUCAAAGAGGAAGAGGAGGAACGCAGCAUCAGUCAGGAGGGAGAGCAUCUGGAAGGACUGAAUGAGUUCUCGGUGGUCGGUGUCAUCGUGAAGGGUGAAGAAGAUGAGGUCAAAGGUGAAAGUGGGGAGCAGAGAGAGGUGGAGAGACCAAGCAGCAGCUCAACUCAACACAUGACAACAGAAGCUGAUGGAGACCACUGUGGAGGAUCACAAGCAGACUUAGCUCCACUAUCAGAUAGCGAAGACACAACGUCUCACUCGUCUGACACUGAUGAUGAUGAUGAUGAUGAAGACUCUAAGGCCGAUCAGACUGACAACAGAUGCUGGAAAUGCUCUGAAUGUGGCAAAACCUUCAGCAGGAAGGGAAAUCUCAAUGUGCACAUGAGGAUCAUUCAUGCAGGCGAGAAACCUUUCUGCUGUCAAAUGUGUGGUAAACAAUUCUCUACAAAAGCACACGUGGCACGGCACGCCAGAACGCACUUUGGCGACGGCGACAACACGCGCUUUCAGUGCUCCCAAUGUGACAAAACGUUUAGCAGCAAGGGGAAUCUCAACGUGCACAUGAGGAUAAUACACAAAGGCGAGAAACCAUUCGGUUGUGCAAUCUGCGGUAAGCGAUUCUCCACAAAAGCGCACAUGACGACACACACAAGAACGCACUCCAGUGACAACGACAGCGCGCGCUUUGAAUGUUCUCAGUGUGACAAAACGUUUAGCAACAAAGGAAAUCUGACCGUGCACAUGAGGAUCAUUCACAAGGGCGAGAAACCGUUCUGCUGCGCAAAUUGCGGCAAGCAAUUCUCGUCGAAAGGUCACGUGACGGCGCACAUGCGGACGCACACCGGCGAGAAACCAUACGCCUGCUCGGUCUGCAACAGACGUUUCUCUCGUUGGUCGCUAGUGGUGCGGCACAAGCGAACGCACACCGGGGAGAAACCGUUCACCUGCUCGUCAUGCGGCGUCGCUUUCUCUCAAAAGUCAGGUUUGACAAAACACACCAGAAUACAUACUAAAGAAAGACCAUACUCCUGCUCAAUCUGCCACCGAAGUUUUGCAGUGAGUUCAGGAUUGGAUAAGCACAUGACGAUACACACUGGGGAAAAACCUUUUACCUGUUCAGUCUGUGGAUUAAGUUUUGUACGAAAGUUAGUUUUGAAAGUACACAUGAGAAUACACACGGGUGAGAAAGCGUUCAGUUGCAGCGUGUGCGAUGAAAGGUUCUCUUAUAAGUACCAGGUGGACAAACACAAAUGUGUGAGUGAGACCAGGACAUGAAAUAACUAAAUAGAUGUCCCACUUAUGAAUAUGAGCUGUCUGUAACGUGCUGACAUUUGAGACUUUUGGAAGGUACUGUAGUAAGAUUGCAUUUAUAUCAGUGUCAGCCGGUGUAGGUUUUUCUCCGUCACAAGAAAAUGUCAAGCGCGUGGACAAAAAUAACUUCCAAAGGACCGAAAGUUGAAACGUUUCAAGAACUACAAAAGCUGCCUUUUCAGAGGCUGCUUAUUUAGAUCCGAGACAUGGACCAGUGCUUUGUGGCGCGGGUGCUGUUGGAGUGCAAAGCAGAAAUAUCCCAAACAUUACUUCCGCCGUCGCAUGUUGCAGAACACGUUUUUUUUGUGGCCGAGGAUCAAAUCCUGCCUGAUGAGAUUUCCUCACAAAGACCUUCCCAAACAGAAGAAGACUUCUGGACGUCAACGACUGCGUUGGAAGAGAAACUAAGCAGAUGUCAAUGUUGGACAGAUAUUUUGCAAGACAAUGUGUUUUCAGAUGCGUCCCUCCAAUAAAAGUAGAGGUAAAAAAAUUACUUCAAUGUAGCAAAUGUAGCUUACCACCAUUAAAGUGUUUAUUAUUAUUAAUAAAUGUAGCUUACCACCAUCAAGUGUGUAUUCUCAUUAUCAGCUUACCACCAUCUAUAUGUUUAUUAAUAUUAAUAAAUGUAACUUACCACCAUCAAGUGUUUAGUAAUGUUAAUAAGUGUAGCUUACCACCAUCAAUUCAUUAUUAUUAUUAUUGAUAAAUGUAGCUUACCACCAUCAAGUGUGUAUUCUCAUUAUUCGCUUACCACUAACAAUGUGUUUAUUAAUAUUAAUAAACGUAGCUCAUCACUAUCAUUGUGUUUAUUGUUAUUAUUAAUAAUAAAUGUAGCUUACCACCAUUAAAUGUGUAUUUUUAUUAGCUUACCGCAUCAAAGUGUUUAUUAAUAUUAAUAAAUGUAGCUUACCAACAUCAAUUGUUUAGUAAUAUUAAUAAAUGUAGCUUUCCACAAUCAAUUUAUUAUUAUUAUUAUUAUUGAUAAAUGUAGAUACCACCAUACAUUUGUUUAUUAUUAUGAAUAAAUGAAGCUGACCACCAUCAAGUGUGUAUUCUCUUUAUUAGCUUACCACUAACAAUGUGUUUAUUAAUAUUAA